AUGUCGGACGCCUCCUCGUGUCGCGUGACGCGCGAUCUCGGCAUCUUUGACUUCUUCCGCAGCCGCUCGCUGUCGCUCGGACGUCGCGAGUCCCACCGUCCGACUCCUAGCGCCCCAGCGAGCGAGCCCAAACCCGCGCGGCACUCGAUCACGGCGUCGUCGUCGAUGCCGCCACGCGCCCGUCACGCUGCUGCUGCUCCUGAGCCUCUGAACGUCGUGGCGCCUGUGCCCGCUGCGUCUUGUUCGGCCUUCGUGCCGCCUCUCUCGGAGAUUGUGAACUCGAGCGCGACGCUCUCAGCUUCGAUGGAGUCGCUCAGUACGAACGACCACUUGAGUGACGAUGACAGCGACAGCGACUCGGGGACCGCCUCGACUGGCGGCGACGACAAUAGUGAAAGCAGCAGAAGCGGCAGUAGCAGCUGCAGCGUGGGCAGUGCAAUUGUCAAGUACGAGGUCGUGCAGGAGCUCGGACGAGGCGCGACGGCUGUGGUCCAGCUCGCUCGGCAGCGCGAUGGCGAGCACCUCGUGGCUCUCAAAGUGUUCAAGACGUCGCUGCUCAAGAAGAUGCGGGACGUGAAGCGAGUGGGGCGACGGAUGGUCGUGUCGACGGCUCUGGACAAGGUGCAGAUGGAAAUUGCCAUCAUGAAGAAGCUGCACCACCCGAACUUGUUGAAUUUGUUGGAAGUGUUUGACGACGAUUCCGAGACGCUCGUGUUGAUGUUGGAGUAUGCGCCGUCUGGACAAGUGAUGACGUGGUUCCCUGAAGAAAAGGUGUACAAGAAGAGUGGCAGCAAGAGGGGAGCUGCUACUUGUUUUCGCGAAGAGGAGCUGCGCGUGUGUGUGCGCCAGCUUCUACUGGGACUCCAGUACCUCCAUGACAACAAUAUCUGUCAUCGAGACUUGAAGCCGGAGAACAUUCUCGUGGGCCAGGACGGCACGUACAAAAUCUCCGACUUUGGCGUUGCGCACUUUUUCGAGGAAGAGGACAAAGAAGCUAAGCUGAAGUCUUGUGGUGGGGAGGCGUCGCUUGCUGCAGCGAGGCCGCAUCGGAAGGGUUACGUCUCGACGACGGCUGGCACGUAUGCGUUUAUGGGCCCGGAAACGCUGAAAGGGGGUGAAUACAGUGCCUAUGCAGCUGACAUUUGGGCGCUGGGGGUGACGAUCCACGCCCUGGCGCUCGGUGCGAUCCCGUUCUACGAUCCCGAUGUUGUGACGCUGUUCGAGAUGAUUGAGACCGGCCCGGUCACGAUUGAAACGAAGGUCCAAGGCAGCUCGGGCCUUAGUAAAGGGUUGACAGAGCUCCUGUACGGUCUGCUCGAGAAGAAUCCCGAGCAGCGCUGGUCGUUGCAGAAGUGCAAGGAGCAUUCGUGGGUGCUACAAGGUCUGUCGAAGCAAGAGCAGCAGGAGUAUGUGCAGACGAGUUAUGACGCGGUUACGAUUGGGCCGGAGGAACUCGCGCGCGCUGUGACACGAGUGGUCUCGCUCAAUGUGAUACUGCGGGUCAAACUGGGCGCCAACAAGUGGAAGCGCCGAGCGAUGCAGACACUAAAGGAGCGACGGCAAUCGCUACAAAACGAUGGCGAUGGGGCUAAGUCGGACACGAGUCGAUCGGUGUGCUCAUCCGUGGAUCCGCCGUCGUUGAAUUCGGUCCAGUCGGACGCGCCCCAGCAGUCGACAAGUGCCGCUACUGCACUCACAAGCGCUCAGCCCGCGGUUUAG